CUCCGCCGCCCGCCCCGCCGCCGCCAGAAGGAGGACUCCCGAAGAUUGGUUGAAGGCCAUCCCUCUGCAGCGAGUCAAAAACAUUGUCAUGAAGGAGAGUGUUCCUUACCAGAAAUGAAAGAAAGAGACACGUGGAGAGCCACAGGAAAGGAAGACCAGCUUCCUUUGGAUGCUGAUGUAACAGAAUUUGCACUAAAAGCAAAAGUCAUCUAUCCAAUCAACCAAAAAUUUAGGCCCUUGGCGGACGGCUCCUCCAACCCCUCCCUGCACGACAGCGCAAAGCAGCCGGUCGUUCUCCCCCAUCAGAUCCUGGAGGGGUCCACCUCAAGCAGCCUGGGGUCCCUCAGCCAGGGAGCCAAGGAGGACGGGGCUUCAUCCACCACCAUUCACUCUGCUGCAAGCGAUGACAGAUACCGGGAUCGGACCUUCCUCAAAGUGGCUCAUUUUGCUGAACUGCUGACCUGUGACCCAUUUGAUGUGAAGAUGUGCUUGUACAGCCUCUUUCUGAGGGAUCUCCGACGGCUGGACAUGGAGCUAGACAGCUCAGACAAUGCAAUUCUGCACAUUUUCAGAAUGCACACAGACAGUUGUUACCUUAAAAAGAAAAUGCCUGAAGAUUUGUAUCAAAGCAUCCUUCAUACACAAGAAACGGCAUUUGAAGAGCUGCAAACCCAGCUCAGUUCCAGACUCUUGAACAUGGAGGUCUCCGGAAUGCAAGAAACAGAAUAUCAAACCCUGGAUGACGUGGAAAGGAACGAGAAGGGAUAUGCGGAUCACGUCCUAGACAAUAUGGAGGCUUUCUGGAAGCAGACCGACCGUGCCCUGCUCUUUCUCCUGGAUCAAUCCAAGUGCACAAGCGCCAAAGCAAAGAAAAUCCGGAUGCGCCUGACGGAGGCAGUGAUGGCUGUGGAGGAGUCCUUCAGAGACACUCAGGAUUCACAGGCCAGGGCCAUCCAAGAGAGAAUGUUCAACUGGGAGCAACUGGUGAAAAUCGUUGGUUUGCUGAAGACGCAGCUGCAGGAAGAAAGUAAAUGCAGACUUCAGGCAAUAUCUCCCAUGCUGGAUCUGUUAGUUCAAAGGAAGAGCCUCACUGUGAAGCAGAGGGAGGAGCUCUUGGCAGGAAUCCAGAAGGCCUUUUGGGGGAAGGUGGAACUCUGUGAAGACGAGUGUAUCCAGCUGGGCAAAGAUCUAAUCCAGGAGUGCCUUAGGAGUGGUGCAGAGAAAAUGGAAAGUCUCAAAAAAGCUCAGGAAGAAGAGCAGAGAAAUCUCCUCAACGGAAGCCAGCAGCUGGGAAGCCUCGAUGCAUUUCUGAAGGUUUAUCACGAAAUGUCAGAACAGCAGAGAAAAGCGCGAUGCAAGUUGGAAGAAGAAAGUGACUGUGAAACCAGUGAAGCCACUGUAGAUCUCUAUAAGAAGCUGUAUUCUCAGUACUCUUGUAGCUUGGAGGAUUUGGUUCUUCAGCUGUUUCUUCAGACUCUGCCUGCUUUAACGAGUCUGCCCCUAAAAGAAUGCGAACUUCUGAAAGAGGAACAGCAGGAGGAUUUGGCCCUGCAGUUAGAGAAAUCAGAGAGCCAGAGGCAAAAGCUUUGGACUUUCUUCCAAGAACAAAUGCAACAAGAACAGAAGCUGUGGAUGGAAGAUCAUGCCUUCUCUGCUGUGAUGCAAAGGCGUUUGUCAGAGACAAAUGAGAAGUUUAUUCAGUGUGUGACGACCAGAUUGGGCGGGCUGAGCAAGGCGUCUUCAAAGUAUAUAACUCAGAAGCACAGAUCCUUGCUGCAGCCUGUCCUGAGGAGGCUGGCUCUCCGGCAGAUCGCUCUGAGUGCUCUUGCACAAAUGCGAACGUCCCGGAGAAGAAGCUUCAUUUUGCAGCUGAAGGUGCACCAGAUCCUGCAGCAGAGUUCUUCUCACUGCUUUGAUGAACCCCAGUGGAAACAGCUGAAGGAAACGGAAUUCCACAUUGCUGAAGAGGGGGAGAAACUGGACAAUGAGAUGCAGCAGACCAGACUGGAAUUCCACCAGCAGUUGAUGGCAGAAACUCAAGAGAGCCUGCAGUUCUUACGGCAGCACCUGCAGCCAGUGGUUGGCCAGGCCUUGGUCCAGCACGCUCGGCAUCUCGCUGCAAAGCAUGACACAGGCGAGGAAGAAGAUGUCCAGGGGGCCUUGCAGGAGAUGCUGAAGGAAGACUCCAUGGAGAACAUUUACAUGACCAGCAACCGAGCCCAGAUGCUGCUGCGGAAUUACUUGGAGCAAGUGGCCAAGAUCCAAGAGAGUCAUGAAGAUGCAGCAUGGAAAGCGCUGCAGGAAAGGACUGAAUGCCAGAGACAUCAAAAGAAGUGGCACUGCGAGGAAGGAGACCGGCCAGACCCUCCGAACGCUCCCCCCGCUGGCUGGGAAAGAACUCUGUGGAAGCCAAAGAGGGUCUGGGCGUGGUUUGAUGUCCAGCAACGGGGCCGCUUAGCCGCCCUGAAGCAGAAGAUGGUGUGCCUGAACCUCAUGGGGACAGAGCUAGAGAACAAGCUAAUGAGAGCGGAGCAGCAGCUGUUGACGGAGCUGUCAGCUGCCCUUCGCCUUCCCUGGUCUGGUCCCAGGCAGCCGUUGGAUUCAGCUGCGGAAUUAGGAAAGAAGCUGCAGCCCAGAAUGCUGGACCCCCAGUCUCAGGAGGGAGAGGAGGAACACCACGCCAAGGACGCUGGCUCUCCUGGCCUCCAGAAAUAAGCGGCAGAGUCCCCAGGAAGAUGAAGCUGGCCACGUGAAAAAUCCAGAGAAGGUGCCGGAGAAAAGACACGGGAACAUUCCAUAAAAAAACAUUUUUUUAACCUUUUUAAAGCAAAUUAUUUUGUAUUACCUGCAAGAGAGUGGAAGCCUCAACAAUCAGAGGAGUGCUGUCCUGACAGGGCCUCGGCCUUCGGCUUGGAUCGCGGGGCCAGAGAGGACCUGCCUUCUGCCUGGAGGGCGCCUGGGCCACAGGAGCACCCUCGAGGGGCAGAGGGGCCCGACGCCUCCCGGGGGCAACACUGAAGACGACUCAGGACUGCUGCUGCUCAGAGCUGACGGAGUCUCUGCGCCCCUGAAACCGGCGUGCCGCUGGCCUUAAAUCCCAUGGCAGGUCUGGACGUAUUUAACUGGAGCAGGGAGCCUGCUGGGUCUUGACAGCGGUCCAGUCGUCUUCCCUGGAUCAUUCUCAGUGGAAAUCUGUCCUUCCUCUCUGCGGGCAGCCCAGGUCACCCGGCUCUUGUGAGGGCAACAAAGCCUCCCCCUACCUACCCCAUUCUCGGAGCAUUCCCCCCCCUCAUUUUGAACAAAAAGCUCUUUAUAAAAUCAUUAUAAAGCACCAAAGAAAUGCUUGCUCUGAUAAACGUGCCUGAAUAGUAGUGAGCAAGGGUAGAAAUCCUCACUCUGGCAUCCGGGGAGGGGGGGGUGUCCAAGGGAAGCCUCGGAUUCAGAGGCCAGCCUGUGCCUUGUUUGAGGAUUGGCUGGAGGGACUCUGAGCCCCCGCCCACCAAGAAACCUUUCCCUUUGGGCCCGUGCCCUUUCUGUAACUCGGAAUAAAAAGGUUCAAAGCAGUUUUUCAUAUUGGCUCUUUUGAAGACAUAUGUUAAGUUUGUAUUUCCGGUAUGCCUGUGAUUUGUAUAAAGUUUUAUAUCGUUAUUUUAACUAUUGUUUUUUUUCUGCAAGCCACCCUGAGCCUGCCUCAGCGGGGAGGGCGGAGUAAAAACCAAAGUAAUUAAUAAAUAAUCAAUAUAAACAAAGAAAACGUGGAUUUGAUAUCACUUUGAGUAUUUUUUUUAGAAGUAACCAGGCACCCUUACAGCAUCCAGUUUCUAAAUCUAUUAAGAUAACCUGAAGCACCCUGCCCAACUUUUCUCGUUCCAAGAAUACAGCCUCCAAACCCCAACCCAUAAAGGCAAUGGUGGCUCUGGCUGCGACUCACAGAGGGGCCAUUAGAGCGCCUUCCCGCUUAAGGAACUCAGAGCCCCUUUCUGCAUGUUGGGUUUUC